UCAACCAAACCAAACUAACUGACUUGACUCCACCCUACGCUACAACUUAUUUUAGUUGCAUUGUAUGACUGUAUGUUAACAUAAUACAUUAUACAAUAUAAAAUAUUUCAUGAAACAAAGUUGUAAUAUCGUUUCGUUAAUAGUUUAACAACAAGUUUAAUCUUACAGUUUACAAGUUAACAUACUUAUUUUUAAAUUAAUGUGGUGUUCGUGUAACUUCAAAAAUAAAGUUUUUAUUAAAGUGUAUUGAAUAUUACAACAGUUGAAUUUUACACUGAAAGAAGUCUAAGUAUUAAACCAAAAAAAAAUGAAGAAACGAAGCUUAGCUGGUAAUUGUGGGAUAGUCGUUUUUGUAAUUGCCCUUGUGACUGUGGCAUUGGCAUUCGGCACGCCCAACUGGCUCGUUAGCGACAACAGGAUACGAGGAGCUAAAAUGGACAGGUUGGGUUUAUGGAGUCACUGCUUCAGAUCUCUACCGGAUCCUCUAGAUGUGAAUCAAAGACGGUUUUUUGUCGGGUGUCGUUGGGUUUACGAUCCAUUCACAACUGGCUAUGACAAGAUACGAGGAUACCUGCUGCCCGGAUUUAUGGUAGCGACUCAGUUCUUUUUCACGCUGUGUCUGAUUGGAGUCUUGAUAUCAACAAUAUUAGUCAUAUUCUUCUUCCUAUGUAGUGGUCCUAAUCAACACAGAUAUGUACUAUUAAUUAAAGGUAUAGGAUACAUAAUGUUAGGAGCAGCAAUAAGCGGUGCUAUAGCAGUUAUAGUUUUUGCAUCACUCGGAAAUACUGAUGGAUGGAUGCCCGAUCAUUCUAAUAAUUAUUUAGGGUGGUCGUUCGGCCUCGGUGUCGUGGGCGUUGUAGCAUGUCUCAUCACCGCAACCUUAUUCCUCACUGAAGCGAAUAUACAAUUGAAAAAACGCAACCGUUUUAAAGAGUCCCAAGCACGCUUCGAGUUGGAAAACGAGUCGAAGGCGUAAUGAUAACAGUUUAUAUUUCUAAUAGGAGACCCUAUCCAAUUAAUACAAAAACUUAUAAAAAUAAAUCAAAAGACAGUUAAGGUAACCAGAAUUUUUGUGUUUUAUAUUUUUAAAGUAUUCAAUAAAAAAAAAAUGAUGAGCCAUUUAAUUUUAUUCUGUGCCUAAUAAGGAGCUGUCAGUAGAUUUUUUUUUUUUUUAAUUAUAAUUUGGGCUGAAAUAAAAAUGCUAAAUCAAAGUGUCCUUAUUAAAUAUUUGGGUAUCAUUAUAUUAAUCUAACAAAUUUUGUCAAUAUAAUAAUGAUCCCGCUAGUGUUCUUAUAUACUUAAGAAUUCCACCUCAUUUUAAUGAUAUACCAUAAUAAAGAUAUACUUUACUGUAUAGAUUUAUUCAUAUAUAAUUAAGUUAAUUCUUAGGAGUUGAUAAGUUGUUAUGAAUUGUAAAUUUUUAUUUACUUUAAAAGUAGUAACUAUUAAGCUUAUUACAAUUUUCUGCGUAAAAGUGUAUAAAUUAAUCAAAAAUGAGGUGAUUUUUUAAUUGAAGUUAAAUAUUUGACAAAAUCUAUAAUAAUUGCCACCAAUUUAUUUUUAAGUAUUUCUUUAAUUAUUUUAAUUGUACUGAAAAACUAAUUAUUGUAUUUUUAUAUGAAACUGACAACAUAUUAUAGUAAAGUUUAUCUUUAGAAAAUAAAUAAAAAAAUAGACGACCUUAUGAUUAAGGUCGUCUAAAAGCGUAGUCUAAUUUAUAAGCUUGAAUAGUUUAUUACAUCAGUAAGGAACUAGUCGAGCUUAUAAACUAUGAAAUUUAAAUUCGUUCGACUUAUAAGCACUUUGCAAUGUUCUUUAGUUUCCGUAGACACAGCAAAUCUGGCAGAUAGAUAGAUAAUAAAUAGUUUUAAAAGUCCGUCCAUUGUUCACUGUAUUUUUACAAAAUAAGCUUACAUUUUUAUAUAAAGUUAAUGGUAUUUCGGUGUUACAGUUAUAUUAAAACCAUUCAUUAUAUUUUUAUAUAUUAUAAUAGAAUUAGAAUAAAAAUUGUGCGACUGAGUGAAAAUAUACGCAAUUCUACUGCUGCAUAUGCGAUUGAGUGGCACUUAAUUGACUGUUAUAAUUUAAUGGCUUUCGCUUAAGUCGUAAGAGUUUUUCUAUUCUUUUUUCAUUUACAUGUAUAACUUUCAUUUUAGUUUAUACGAACCUCAUAAAAUGAUCUGGUAUUAUAUUUGAUAUUUACUUAUCGAUUUCAUUAUUUUAAUUAAUAUAGCUUUAAAUAUUGUAAGCUUUGUAAUGAUUGUAUUAUUAUAAGGAUUGCCAACAUUUUGUGAAAGUAUUAUUAACUGUUUUAAUCUUUUUAUACAUUUAUUAUAUUUAUAUUGUUUUAAUGAAUUUCCAUUACAAUUGUAUAAUCUUUUAAGUUAUAGAAUAAGGCACAAUCAAAUAAACGUCCAAUUAUCUUGAUAGUUCAAAUAUUCCGUCCACAAGUUCUACAUAUCUGAACUACUUAUGAUCUUUAUUUACAUGUAUCAUUUAUAUUAAUUUUAUAAUAAAUUUUCGAUUUUA